AUGGCCGGUCCCGGUGGUGGUCCCCCUCGUCGCAGCCGCAACUGCACCAAGCACAAGAUCCGCUGCCCGUACAACGACGUGCAGGUGCCCGACGCCGAGCGUUCCACGACGCCCGACAAGCCCGACCUCAUGUGGACGCCGCAGAUCGAGGCGGCCAUCGGCGAGUGGCAGGCCACGGGCGUCUUCCCCUUCCCCUCGCUCGGCGUCUACCCGGCUCCGAUGCCGCACAUGUACUCGCUCGAGGAUCUUCGCCUCAUCUACCACGUCGCCAGCCUGUACCAUCAGCUCGCCGCCAUCGACGCCAACAACUUUACCCUGUGGACUCGCCACAUCCUCGUCCUCCUGAGAAUCGGCGCCACGACGCCCUACGUCAUGCACGCGCUGCUCGCCUUCUCCGCCAUGCACAUCGCCUUCCUCACCGACUGCCCCCUCGUCGGCAGCAUGGCCUUUGAGCACCGCGGCAUCGCCCUCAGCGGCCUGCACGAGGCCAUCAACUCCUUCUCGCGCGAAACCUCGGAUGCCAUCCUCGCCGCGUCCCUCGUCCUCUCCUGGCAGGCCACAGAUUGGCGCAGCUGGACCCAGCUCAUGCAGGGAACCUCGACGGUCAUUGACGCCAUGGACUCGUGGAAGCACGAGUCGCUCUUUGGCGACUUCAUCGCCGAGAGCAGCACCUUCCCGACGGCGCCCUCGUCGCCUUCGCCCGACCACCGGCCCAGCCAGCCCUCCGAGGAGGAUCUCCACGCCUACCAGCGGACCCUCGAGCAGGUCCAAAAGGUCGAGGCCUUUCUCAAGCGCAGCAAGGAGGACACGACGCAGCUGCAGCAUCUCAUCGGCUUCCUCAAGGGUGCCCGCAAGAUCACGCCCACCCUCUCCAUCGCCGGACAGUACGAGCGCCUGCAACCCCUCCGCACCUGGCUCUUCUGGAUGCCCGUCGGCUACCUCCAGAGCCAUCAAGGCUCGCCCAACUCGCUCGUCAUCAUCGCCCACCUCUACACCGUCGCCAUCCUCAUGGAGCGCCUCUUCCCCGAGAUCGGCGCCGCCUACUUUGGCAGCCUCUCCAUCUCGCCCGUCGAGGAAAUUGCCCGCCGCCUCAUGUCCUACAGCGUCGCCCGCAGCGACGCCGACAAGGGCGCGCAUCAUCAGACGCCCCUGGCGCUCAUGGAGUUCCCCAUCGACACCGUCGCCGAGUUCCGCUCCCGCAUGGGCUGGAACAACCCGGAGCGGACGCCCUCGUUCCCGCAGUUCCACCCACCCAACUUCCCCGUCCCCCACGACGUCGUGGAGCAGCGACAACUCCCGCACCAGCACCAGCAACAGCAACAGCAUCAGCACCAGCACCAGCACCAGCACCAGCUUCAGCACCAGCUUCAGCACCAGCACCAGCACCAGCACCCAAACUACGUUCCGUACGGCACCGCCGCCUUCAGCUACGGCGCCGACGCGAUGCCCAUGCUGAACAGCGCUUCGACCCCGGCGCGAGGACACCAGCCGCUGCCGCACUUUGCGAGCCCGCAGUACCUUGCCAUACCCUCCCCCACAUAUCGUGGCUCCUACAGCCCGGCCUCGUCGACGAUUGAGGGCUCCGUCACCUACAGCGACGUGGAUGACUAUGGCUCGACCCUUGACCUGGGUUACACCUCGGCCCCCUGUCCCCCGGGCCAGCCUUUCCUGCUGGGCGAGGCGCAACAUCGCAGCUACGGCGUCGGGAAUCUGCGCCGCGGCCUCGUGAAGCCGCUGUCGACGACGCUCGGCUUCGCCCCUCCCGACGACGCUGCCAAUUCUGCCUCCUCGCGCUCCAGCGCCCCCUCUCCUUAUCUUCACCCGGAGUCGCUCGCCAUGCUUCCGCUGCCCGAAUCCCCCCUGUCGACGAGCAGCCCGCCACGAUUUCCCAUCCGCCAUCCCCACCAAGCUGCCGCCGUCUCGGGGCGCCAUCCCAACUCGCCCCUUGCCCAGAUGCCCCUGGUCUCGCACCAAGACUUUGCCCUCCGGCGAGACCGGAACGGCAGGACGAGUCCGUUUAGGUAG